UCCGAGGGAUAUGAGUUUCAGUUGAUCUCAAUGGAUCGCCAAUGGCAUUUCGAAGCACCUAGUGUGGAAGAACGUGAUGAUUGGGUGAUGCACAUCGAACGCGCUAUCAUGACACGAUUGCAGUUGAAUGAGUCAAAUAAACGGUCCAGCUCAGGGAUUUCCAGCUCAAGUGGAAUGCUCUCUACAGCUAGUGGUCAGCUAAUUGGCAGUCUAGCUUCGGUCGGCAGUACCUCUGGCCUUUGUGGAGGCGUCUCUGGUUUAGGACUUGGUGGCGCGGCCUGUGGAAUUGGGUCUAGCUCAGGACUUGGGCACGAUCCAGCCGGAGGGCGAUAUUGCUCCGCCUUGCCUGGAGGUGAUUCAGAUAGUCUGUGUGGUGGUGGUGGAGUUGGUUCUGAAGAGCGAGUGGUGACCACAAUCCGUUCGAUCGCCGGCAACGAUGUCUGUGCUGAUUGUGGAGCUCCAGGUUAG